AUGGCAUGUUCAAAGACACAAUCAAACACAAACAAUAACAAUUUGGAAACCUAUAGCAUCUUUUGGUUAGAUGCUGAAGUAAAUAACGAGGAAAAUUUGGCGGCUCAAAAAACAUUACGCACUAUUAUUAAUCAACUACGGGUCUUUGACAAUCCUGACGAAUUUAUGGAUCACGUUUGCUGUAUUCAAAAAGGUGAUCUUACAAUUUUGAUUGUAAGUGGUCAACUAGGUCGUAUUGUAGUUCCCAAAAUGCAAGAACUAAUACAAGUAUUAUCAAUUUAUAUUUAUUGCUUCAACAAAGAGGCAAACAUAGAAUGGAGUCAACCAUACAAUAAAGUUAAAGCUGUAUGCAAUAAACUCAAUGAAUUGAUCGAUGUAAUCCGAUCAGAUCAAAAACAACGAAGUCGAAAUGAAGAAGUGCUAUCCAUAGAUAUUUUGGAUCGAAGUUCAACAGAACUCGAUGGUGAAUUUCUGCAUUCGCAAUUGCUGAUCGAUGUUCUCAUUAGAAUGAAGUUGAAUGAACAAGAUCAGAGUGAAUUGAUUGAAUUAUUGAAAAAUGAAUACAAGGGUAAUGAAAGUGAAUUAAAAUUAGUGAAAGAAUUUCAGGAAAAUUAUAAUUCGGAGAGUAGCAUAUCGUGGUAUACACGUGAAUCAUUUGUUUAUCGUUCGUUGAAUAAGGCGUUGCGUGUACGCAAUAUCGACAUGAUGUUCCUAUUUCGAACUGUGAUCCGUGAUGUUUAUGAGCAGUUAUUGACUAAUCAAUGUGGCAAGCGCAUUACUGCUUAUCGUGGACAAAUCAUAUCGAAACAGGAAUUGAAAAAAUUACAAAAAUCAGUUGGAACAUUAGUUUCGUUCAAUUCCUUUCUAUCGACAUCAUUGAAUCGUAAAGUAGCCGAAAAUUUUGUACAACAAAGCGUAUAUUUAUGCAGUUCUAGCGAUCACGUAUCUGUAAUUUUCGAAAUUGUGGCUGAUCCUUUGGUACUUCGUGAUUCGAACGAAAAUAAUCGACGACCGUUUGCACAAGUUGAUAAAUUGAGCUAUUUCGGAGAAGAGGAAGAGAUUUUGUUUAUGCUCGGUUCAAUUUUUCGUUUAAAUGAGAUCUGUCAUGAUGCAUCGUCAGCUAAUGGGACAAUAUCGAUCAUUCGAAUGACAUUAUGCGGUGAAGAUGACAAUGAUCUCAAACAACUCUAUGAUCAUAUGAAAAAUGAAGAUAACCAAGAAGAAACCGAUCUUCUCUCUCUUGCUGAUGUGGUAUACAAGAUGGCAAAAUUCGAUCUAGCCGAAAAGUACUAUCGCCGAUGGUUGAACGAACUUCCGCCGAAUGAUCGCACGCGUGGUGCCUUGUAUCAACGUCUUGGAAUGGUUGCUAAUGCGAAAGGUGACUACAAUACGAGUCUAGACUGGUACCAGAAAUCACUCGAGAUGAAUAUGAAAAAUCACCCAUCUGACUAUGUGACCAUUGGAAUUACACACAACAGUAUCGGUGAGGCUCAUCGAAAGAAACGUGAUCAUUGUCGAGCCCUCGAAUCGUACGAUCGAGCCGUAUCACUUUUCAAACAAGCCUACAAUGGGAAUCAUUCAUAUAUGGCCAUGUUUUAUAACAAUAUUGGACUCAACUAUCAAGAAGAGAAGAAAUAUUCUGAAGCGCUCGAGUUCUAUGAGAAGUCACUUGCUAUUAAGAAGAUUCAUUUGCCAGCGGAGCAUCCUGCUCUAGGUACAACUUACAAUAAUAUUGGUAUUGUUCAUUUUUUUCUUAACCAGUACGAUCUUGCAUUGGAUUAUUACAAUCAAUCACUGAAAAUCAGAUUGAGAUCUCUUCCUGCUCAUCAUCCUGAUAUUGCAAUGACCUAUAAAAACAUGGGUCUUGUCUAUGAAGACACUAAUGACUUGAAACAAGCAUUGACAUUCUUGCGAAAGGCUCAAGCAAUCUAUGAAGCAACACUUUCAACUAAUCAUCCUGAUGUAUUAAACAAUAAUAGUGUUGUUCAACGUUUAGAAAGUAAAUUAAAGGCGAAGAAAUAA